AGGAGAAGACACAUAGAGAACAGAACAGGAAAAUACGUUUGUUAAAACGUUUGGGUGCCUUUAGAAGAGAACCAAAAAUAAGUACGCCUCUCAUCCAUAAAAAAAAAUCCACAAUUCUGAUGAAACCGCGUAGUAGAUUAAUUUCCCUUUUCAUUUAAUGGAUGCUAAUUGGGAAUAUUUACAUUGAAAUGCAAUUAGGAGUCUAUUAAAAGCCACCAAAAAAAGAUUUAAACAGCUAUGCUUCUCGUGGAAAGUUGGAAAAGCUUAGAGCACCUUCCAGAGCUGGGAAACUACAGAAAACUGAAGUGAAGAAGAUCAUGCAUUUUUCACCGUGAGGUAACAGUCCAGCUGUGAAGCUCCGACAUGUACGACGAAAACCGAAAAAAUGAUGCCCAGGAUGAGUAUUCAAACCCCAGCGGUGCAGAGGGGGGUGGAUUGGAGGAGGAGGAUGAAGAGGAAGAGGAGGAGGAAGAAGAGGACAGAGGUGAAGACAAGGACAAGGACUCACCAUGGCAGGACUCUGAGGACACGGAGGGGAAUGAAGGGACGAGGAUGAAGAGGACAGACACACUGAACUCCACCAGCAGCUCCACAGCCACCCAGCGCAAGAAAAGCCAGCAUGCCAAGAAGCAGAUUCAGGGCUGCAACACAGUGCAGCGAGCCCCCCGUGCCCUCUUCUGCCUCAGGCUCAGCAACCCUGUCCGGCGGGCUGCCCUGUCCAUUGUGGAGUGGAAACCUUUUGAUGUAUUCAUCCUCCUAGCUAUCUUCGCCAACUGCGUGGCUCUUGGUGUGUCCAAGCCCUUCCCCGAGGAUGACUCCAAUGCUACUAACCAUGACCUGGAGCAAGUGGAGUAUGUGUUUCUCAUCAUCUUCACAGUGGAGACUUUCCUGAAGAUCCUGGCAUAUGGCUUAGUUAUGCACCCCAGCUCAUACAUCCGAAAUGGCUGGAACCUGCUGGAUUUCGUCAUUGUCAUUGUCGGGCUGUUCAGUGUGCUCCUGGAGACGGUGACCCACAAACCUGGGGAGGUGCCCCACAUGGCAGGGAAGCCGGGGGGGCUGGAUGUGAAAGCGCUGCGAGCCUUCAGGGUGCUCAGGCCCCUCAGGCUUGUGUCAGGCGUGCCCAGUCUCCAGAUCGUGUUGAAUUCCAUCAUGAAGGCCAUGGUGCCUCUGCUGCACAUCGCCCUGCUGGUCCUCUUCGUCAUCAUCAUCUACGCCAUCAUCGGGCUGGAGCUCUUCAUCGGCAGGAUGCACAGGACCUGUUACUACAUUGGCACAGACAUCUUCGUGGGAGACGAGCCGGUGCCCUGUGCCUUUGCUGGCCACGGUCGGCAGUGUGUGGUGAACAGCUCAGAGUGCAGGGGCAAGUGGGAAGGCCCCAACGGGGGCAUAACCAACUUUGAUAACUUCUUCUUUGCCAUGUUAACCGUCUUUCAGUGCAUCACCAUGGAAGGCUGGACCGACGUGCUUUACUGGAUGAAUGACGCCAUCGGGUUCGAGUUACCCUGGGUGUACUUUGUCAGCCUGGUCAUCUUCGGCUCCUUCUUUGUCCUUAACCUCGUCCUGGGCGUGCUCAGUGGAGAAUUCUCCAAGGAGAGGGAGAAGGCAAAGGCACGUGGAGACUUCCAGAAGCUGCGGGAGAGGCAGCAGAUGGAGGAGGACCUGUGCGGCUACAUGGACUGGAUCACACAAGCAGAGGACAUCGACGAGGAGGAUGAGGAUGGAAACAGACGUGUCACUCUGGGCGACUUGUCUGACAAGAAGAGGGGAAAAUUCGGUUGGUUCAGUCAUUCCAGUGAAACACACGCGAGUCUCCCUGCCAGUGAGACAGCAUCUGAGACCACAGAAAAUAUAGAGGAGGAGCACACGGACUGCUGCGCAGCCUGCUGCACCAAGAUAAUGAAAAAUCGUCUCUGUCGCACGCUGCGUCGCUGGAACCGCGUGUGCCGCAGGAACUGUCGUGUGGCUGUCAAGUCCGUCAGCUUCUACUGGCUGGUGCUGCUGCUCGUCUUCCUGAACACGGUCACCAGCGCCUCGGAGCACUACAACCAACCUGACUGGCUCACGCAGGUCCAAGACAUCGCCAACAAAGUGCUGCUUUCGCUCUUCACCUUGGAAAUGCUGCUGAAGAUGUAUAGCCUUGGGCUGCAGGGCUACUUCGUGGCUUUCUUCAACCGGUUCGACUGCUUUGUGGUGUGUGGGGGCAUUGCGGAGACGAUCCUGGUGGAGCUGGAGAUCAUGCCCCCCUUGGGGAUCUCUGUGCUACGCUGUGUGCGACUUCUGAGGAUAUUUAAGGUCACACGACACUGGAAUGCCCUGUCAAACCUGGUGGCCUCCCUCCUCAACUCCAUGAAGUCCAUCGCCUCCUUGCUGCUGCUGCUCUUCCUCUUCCUCAUCAUCUUCGCCUUGUUGGGUAUGCAGCUCUUCGGUGGCAAGUUCAACUUCGAUGAAGCACAGACUAAACGCAGCACCUUUGACACCUUUCCUCAGGCACUGCUCACCUGUUUCCAGAUUCUCACAGGAGAGGACUGGAAUGUUGUGAUGUAUGAUGGGAUCACGGCUUAUGGAGGCCCACACUUCCCUGGCAUGAUCGUCUGCCUAUACUUUGUCAUCCUCUUCAUCUGCGGUAACUACAUCCUACUUAAUGUCUUCUUGGCCAUUGCCGUGGACAACCUGGCGGGAGGUGACUGCGAUGACAAUAAAAAGGAAGAUAAGAAAGUGGGGGCAGAGAAUGGAGAAGUGAAGGUUGAGGUUGAUGAGGAGGAGGAGGAGGAGGAGGAGGAACCUGAAGAGGGUGAUGAGGGGGAAGACAGGGGGGUACAGAUAAAUGUGGCUGACUUUGCUCCCCCCAAAGAGAAAGUCCUCCCUAUUCCAGAGGGAAGUGCUUUCUUCUGUCUCAGCAAAACCAACCCGAUCCGAGUUGCCUGUCACACCUUGAUCCAUCACCACAUCUUCACCAACCUCAUCCUGGUCUUCAUCAUCCUCAGCAGCAUCUCUCUGGCUGCAGAAGAUCCAAUUAGGGCCCACUCCUUUAGGAACAAUGUUUUAGGCUAUGCGGACUACGCCUUCACAUCCAUUUUCACAGUGGAAAUCAUACUGAAGAUGACCGUACAUGGCGCAUUCCUCCAUCAGGGGUCUUUCUGCAGGAACUGGUUCAACCUCCUGGACCUUCUUGUUGUCAGUGUGUCACUAAUGUCCUUCUUCCUGCACUCGAGCGCCAUCUCCGUAGUGAAGAUACUCAGAGUCCUCCGAGUGCUCAGGCCUCUGAGAGCCAUCAACAGAGCAAAGGGACUGAAGCAUGUGGUGCAGUGUGUGUUUGUGGCCAUCAGGACCAUUGGGAACAUUAUGAUCGUGACGACGCUGCUGCAGUUUAUGUUCGCUUGCAUCGGAGUGCAGCUUUUUAAGGGAAAAUUUUAUCGCUGCAAUGAUGAGGCAAAACAUACUCCAGAGCAAUGCAAGGGCACCUUUGUUGUGUACAAAGACGGCGAUGUGACUCAGCCCAUGGUGAAGGAGAGACUGUGGCACAACAGUGACUUCAACUUCGACAACGUCCUGAUGGGCAUGAUGGCUCUCUUCACCGUCUCCACCUUCGAGGGCUGGCCUGCCCUUCUGUACAAGGCUAUUGAUGCCAACGGCGAGAACACUGGCCCCAUCUACAACUACCGGGUGGAGAUCUCCAUUUUCUUCAUCGUCUACAUCAUCAUCAUUGCUUUUUUCAUGAUGAACAUCUUCGUCGGUUUCGUCAUCAUCACCUUUCGUGAGCAGGGAGAGCAGGAAUACAAGAACUGUGAGCUGGACAAGAACCAGAGGCAGUGCGUGGAAUAUGCCCUGAAAGCCCAGCCUCUGAAACUGUACAUACCAAAGAACCCCAUCCAGUACAAGUUUUGGUCUAUCGUCAACUCGACCGUGUUUGAGUACAUCAUGUUCGUCCUGAUCCUGCUGAAUACUGUGACUCUGGCAGUGCAGCACUAUGAGCAGUCAAAAAUAUUCAGUUACACCAUGGACAUCCUCAACAUGGUUUUCACGGGACUCUUCACUGUGGAGAUGGUGCUUAAGAUUUUGGCACUAAGGUUCCGGCAUUACUUCACCGACGCCUGGAACUCCUUCGAUGCACUCAUCGUGGUGGGCAGUGUGGUGGAUAUUGUGGUGACAGAGUUUAGCAGUUCCGAGGACAGCUCAAGAGUCUCCAUCACAUUCUUCCGUCUGUUCAGAGUGAUGCGGCUGGUCAAACUGCUCAGCAAAGGGGAGGGCAUCCGCACGCUGCUCUGGACGUUCCUCAAGUCACUUCAGGCCUUGCCCUACGUCGCUCUCCUCAUCGCUAUGAUCUUCUUCAUCUACGCUGUCAUCGGCAUGCAGACUUUUGGAAAGAUUGCCAUGCAGGACCACACACACAUCAACAGGAACAACAACUUCCAGACCUUUCCACAGGCUGUGCUAUUGCUCUUCAGGUGUGCCACAGGGGAGGCCUGGCAGGAGAUCAUGCUGGCCAGCCUGCCAGGGAAGCGCUGCGACCCAGAGUCGGACUUCGAGCACGGAGAGGAGUUCAGCUGCGGCAGCAACUUUGCCAUCGUCUAUUUCAUCAGCUUCUUCAUGCUCUGCGCCUUCCUGAUUAUUAACCUGUUUGUCGCCGUUAUCAUGGACAACUUUGAUUACUUGACCCGUGAUUGGUCCAUUCUGGGUCCCCAUCACCUAGAUGAAUUCAAAAGGAUCUGGUCUGAAUAUGACCCUGAAGCUAAGGGACGCAUUAAACACUUGGAUGUGGUGGCUCUGCUGCGGAGAAUCCAGCCCCCCCUGGGUUUUGGAAAGCUUUGUCCACAUCGUGUUGCCUGCAAGAGGUUGGUAGCCAUGAAUAUGCCGCUGAACAGCGACGGCACAGUAACCUUCAAUGCCACUCUGUUUGCUCUGGUCAGAACUGCGCUGAAGAUUAAAGCAGAAGGAAACCCUGAUCAGGAGAAUGAAGAGCUGAGGUUAAUCAUCAAGAAAAUAUGGAAACGCAUGAAACCCAAAAUUCUAGAUGAGGUCAUUCCCCCUCCGGAUGAGGAGGAGGUAACAGUGGGUAAAUUCUACGCCACUUUCCUAAUCCAGGAUUACUUCAGAAAGUUCCGUAAACGGAAAGAGAAAGGGGUGCUGGCAGAGCCCAACACCAAUAACUCCUCUGCCCUACAGGCAGGGCUGCGUACACUUCAGGACCUGGGACCAGAGAUGAGACUGGCCAUGUCGUGCGAUCUCGAGGAAGAGGAGGAAGAGGAAGGGCUCGAGGAAGACCAGGAGGAGGAUGAAAUUCAUUAUAAGAGUAGCGGCAUGUUUUCUGGCCACACCGACCCCGCCUCUCAGAACAGACGUGGUUCUGUGGCCCCGCCCUCUCCCAGCUCCCCCACCCCGUUCUCAGGUGGACCAUGGGGGGGAGGGCUCUCUAAUAGCCUGGCCCAUCAAACCUCUAUGGCAGCCUUGUCAAAAGAGCCCAAUGGAAAUGCGGUGGUGGAAUCAGAAGAGCCCAGAGGUAUGGAGAACCGCAAGGUUCCCUCGCACCGUCGGCGCGCUUCCACCAGAAACAGGACGAAUCGGCCACCUAAAGACACGCUCAACAGCAGAGUGCAGUACUACAAUAGAAGCUUCAGGAGAGACUCUGAGGAUGCUUGCGUCACUCCUGGUCGAAGGCAUGGCAGCUCGCAGGAAGCCAGAUGGGAGGAGUGCCCAGGGGAGCGGGGCUACUACGGCAGGGAUGAGGAGGCGGGGAGCGCAGUCUUCCGGGACAGGCAGCAGUACCCUGACACUCCAUGCAUGCACCCUGGGCACCGUGGGCAUGAGUACAAUGCACAGGUGCCUGGACAGAAGCCGCACGUCACUCACUAUGGCUACGGAGACUGCCAGCAGCCAGCUCGGCGACGCCUGCUUCCAGCCACACCCACUGGACGCAGGCCUGCUUUCAGCAUCCAGUGUCUACGGCGCCAGGGCAGUGCCGACGACCUUCCCAUCCCAGGCACCUACCACCAAAACUCUCCGCCCCACCAGGCUCGCGCACAGAUGUACGGCAGCUACGAGUCCCGCCGCAGCAGCACACGUUCUUCCGCCAGCUCCACGUCCUCAUGGGCCAACGCCAGCCCUCGGCGCAGCCGCCUGCUCUACGCCCCCCUGAUCCUGGUGGAGGACGACAGUGUGGGGGGUGGGCCCUUAGUGUGGGGCAACAAGAAGGGGGGUGAGGCCAGCCAUUCUGACCCGGCCAGGCCCGGCUGGUACUGCGGCCCUGGCGGAACAAGUGGGUCACAGCCCUACCGGACCUACGCCACCUUGCGGGUGCCGGGUCAGCUCAGCCCACACUGCAGGGACAAGAGAGGCAGUGCAGACAGUCUGGUGGAGGCGGUCCUGAUCUCGGAAGGGCUUGGUAUUUAUGCCAAGGAUCCCAAAUUCGUGGCCUUUGCCAAGAGGGAAAUCGCUGAUGCCUGUCAGAUGACCAUCGAUGAGAUGGAGAGCGCCGCCAGCGACCUCCUGAGCCGCGGAGGGUCCGACGGGGGUGCCACAGGGGGGCUCCUGACCCACUCAGAUGCUGGAGCCCUGUACAGCGAUGACGAACCCGUGAGGAGCCGAGACGAGGAGGAGCUGGCUGAUGAGAUGACAUGUGUCACUUCAUUCUGAGAGUCGGCCGGGCGGAGGAGCUGGCCCAGGAUCAGCCGAGUGUCACGUACAGGCAGAGAGGGAAGAGGAACUGAGAAGGGUGGAAAGGAUGGAUGAGCAUAGAGUGUAUCAGAUUAACCUGGAAGAAUGUAGCAUGAGCUACACUCACUAUAUAGCACAUUUUUGUGAGGAUUAAUGUCCCAAAAUGGAUCUUUUAUCAAUGCUCCACUGCACCUCAUAUUUGUGCAUGAGUACGUUGUCUUAUCUUUUCAUCAAAGCUGAAUCGGUCAUUGCAGGGGCUCUGGCACUGACGGGUAACAAGCCCAGCAGAGCACAGACAGACACCUCGUGACUCCUGAGGGUCCUUCAUUCCUGCACCCCUGCUCUAUUCCAUUUCUUAGUGUAUUGUAUUAAGUUAUAACAGUUUUUCUGUAGUGGACUUUACCUUUCUGUUUGGUUUUCCCACACACUGUAGCAAACUACACCAUGUUAAAAUGCCAUCAGGAACCCUAGAGAUUUGGAGGGUGCAAAUGCCAGUUCCAUAACGUUUACAUAACGUUUUGUCUAUAAGAAGCAUAUUCGUGCUCUUUUACUGAAACUGAAGAAUUGAUGUACCGGAAAACUAAUGGAAAGUCUUUUACCUGGAACGUGUUAAAAACAUUCAUAUGCAUACCUUCAGCUACAGUUUUUUCAUGUGGAUAAAAUGGAGUCAAAGGAACACCUCCCUUUAAACUUUUUAUUGUCUGAAAAAUUCAUAAAACCCUCCGUAAAAAAGAAAGGAAAUGUGACAGUGUGACAUGGUAGUUAGAACUGAAGAACUGUUCAUUUAAAAGGAGUGCCGUUAAUGAAUCCUUGUUCAUUUGGAGAAUUGUAGAUGCAUACGUGAAAUUGGUAAACUGCUCUGUAAAGUACCUUCUGUAAGAUGUUUUUGAUGUACUUGUGAGAUGCCAUUAUAUUUGUA